AUGGAGGGGGACAGCGCGGGGAAUGGCGAGCGCGCGGAAACAAGCGGGGCAGAAGCGGAAGCCGUGCAGGGGGGACUGGAGGAGCCGAUAGAGGCGGCAGGGGCAGGCGAGGGGGAACGGGGGAGCGGCGCGAUGGAGGACGAUGGGGGUGUGGGGGAGCGCGAUGGCGCGGCCGCGGCUGAGGCGCGGAAUAACGAAAGGGAAGCGCCCGGGCGGCGCAGCAAGGAAGGCACCAGCGGGCGGCGCACAGGCGGGCGAGACGCGAGUGAGCGAGGAGGGGCCGAGAAAUUGGCGGGAGAGGGAUUGAAGGCGAGGGGUGAGGGGCGGCGCAGGAGCGAGGGGGCUGCGAAUUUGAACGGGGAGCCAGCGGAGGGCGCCAAAGGGAGGGGCGCGGGACCGCGCAAAGGCGAGCGCGCGGUGAGGGGGAGUGCAGGGAAUGCCACGUCGUCCCCCCGCUCGAAUGGCAGCAGCGGGGCGGCGAGGGCAAGCGCGCGGACCCCUGGCAUCAGCAUGGCGUCUCCGCGCAACGCUGCUUCUUCCGCCACUGCUGCCGCGCGGGCAGACGGCCCAGGGGCGGCAGCAGAGAGCGCAGGGGAGGCAGCAGAGAGCGCAGGGGCGGCAACAGAUAGCACAGGGGCGGCAACAGAGGCGGCAGCAGGGAGUGCAGCGCCAGCAGCAGCGGAGAAGAGGCGCGCGAACGGGGGAGACGCGGAGGGUGGGGCGGAAGGUGAAGACUCUGGUGAGGGGGGGAGUGUGACAGGGGGAGGAGGAGGGCCCGCGCAGGCGAUGGAGAGUGCAGGCGGAAGCGAGCAGACGACACAAGGGGAGGUGGCGGAGGAGGCUGUGCGGAACAACGAUGGGGGCAGCAAGGAUGGGGGGGAAAAGGGUGCGAGAGAGGGAGGAGAGGGAAUGCAGGGAGGGGAGUGUGCAGCGGAGCCAGGCUCCGGUAAAGAGGAGGAGGGGUGCAAGGAGGGGGAGGCGGGUGGAGGCAAGGGGACCGGAGGGGUGGAUGGGCAAGAUGGGGGGGUGGGUGGUGUUGAGGGCGAGGUGGCAUGGCAGGCAGUGAGGGGGCGGUUAGAGUCCCGCGUGGGUGCAGCGGGCGACAUCGCCUCGCCCCGCCUGCUCGCGCCUCCGCUGCCCGCUGCUGCUUCUGCACCAGCCGCCCCCACAGCAGAGGGGGCAGCGCCCGCUGCUGCAGCGCCAGGCGCUUCCGCAGCGGUGGGCAGGGCAGAGCAAGCCGCAUGGGGGGCUGAGGGGGAAGAGCAAGUGCCAGAGCAGCAUGAGGAGGGGGAGGGCGCGGAGGGGGAGGCGGAGGGCGCGGGGGGGGGAGGGGCGGGGGAGGCGGGUGAGGCGGGUGCGGUCGAUGGACGCGGCCUUCUCCCCGCUGCUGGCUGCCGACCCCUCCGCCUGGCAGGCCGCUGGUCGCCCCGCGUGGCACGGCGUCAUGGGCGGGGCGGGGCGGGCGUGGGGUGGGCGCAAGCGGUGUUCCCCCGCAGCCACUCGGACAGCGUUCGGGAGAGCCGCGCCGGUCGCCGCGCCGCCUCCCUGCUCGCCCCUGCUGGCGGUGGUGGUGAUGUGUGGGCGGGCGCAGCAGCGGCGGAGAGGGUGGUGGUGCUGCGGACAAGUGGCGAGGAGAGGGUGGAUAGAGAGGCGCAGCAGAGUGGCGCAGGCAGAGCAGCGGGGAAGAGUGCGGACGCAGAGGGGGCGCGGGAAGGGGGGGCCACGGAUGGGGAGGCAGGGCAUGGAGGGAGGGCGGAGGAAGGGGGGGAGGAGGCGAGCAGCAAAGGGGGGGCGAGUGGCGUGGCGGAGCAGAGUGCAGCAGAGGCGAGCAAGGCGCGCGCAGACGCAGUGCUGGCAGCAGCGGUGAUGGCGGCGAAUGCGAGCACCAAACCACAGUGGGCCUCGCAGCACCAGUGGCACACGCAGCCACACGACCCACAAGGGCAGGGGGGAGGAGGGGGGACAGAGGCAGAGGCAAUGGAGGAGGAGAGGAGGCGAGCAGAGGAGGCGGAGAAGAAGCGAGCGUGGGACGAGGCGGUGAGGGCGGUGCGGCUGAGGGACCAGCAGCGCCGCCAGCAGGCCGCUGCCGCCCUCGCUGCUGAGGAGGCUGCACGGGGCGGCAGAGCGGGCGGCAAGGGAGGGCAGGCAGCACGGCGCCUGGCGAGGCGGCGACGCCGCGUGGUGGCUCGGCUGGUGGCGGAGGCACAGACGGGCGAGCUGAGGGAGGCGGUGGAGGGCAGGAGGGCGAGGAGGAGCGCGGUGGAGUACCACCUUCUGCACGCCGGCAUCUUCCUCGACCCACCCGCCAACCCCUCCCCUGAGGAGGAGGAGGAGGCGCGGAGGGAGGCGGCGGAGGUGGAGUGGCUGAGGGGGGAGGUGAGGGUGGCGCGGCGGUGGAUGGACGUGCAGCGCCUCGUAUGGAUCAACCGCGACCGUCAGCACCGCGCCCUGCUGCGCCGCGGAGGGCACGAGGAGCAGCGCGCACAGCUGCAGCACAUGAUGUGA